GACUGCCACUCGAGGCUUGGGUGAUCCUUCGCUAUCACUCAUGAUCUUAGGCCCCUUGUCGGCACGAAGGCUUCGGAUUCGUCCUCGAGGUCUACCUCUGGCCUGCAUUCUCUUCAUCUCAAGUCGAGUCGACGUUCUCCCUCGUCCUGCACCGCUUGGGGAGGGCAGCGCGGGCGCCCAGUCAAGCCCGGGACCGCGUCACAGCUCGGACAGGCAGCAACCCGCGCCCGGCAUUCAAUUCCAAGUCCUUGCCUAGCCUGGCUGCCUACUACCACAAGCCUACGUAGAGUAUGGAGGGAGCUGCUUUGAGACCUUGCCAUGGAUUGAUUCAUGCUACGCUGCUAGGAUGAUCUCGAAUGCCAUACCCUGCCUGACUCCUGACCUGCCUCGACUCAUCCACUUGCUCCUUUCUCGUCCGGUCAAC